AUGGCCAGCCCCGCAGCACCCUCCGCGGGUAGUAGUCAGGAUGAUUCGGCUGCGUCAUUUAUUGGCGCUCUGAUAUCCUUGACGUCGCAUUCUAAUAUUCGAUAUCAAGGAAUCUUGUCUAAUAUUGAUGCUGCGCAGGCGACACUUUCGUUGGAAAAAGUGCACUCUUGGGGUACAGAAGGACGCUGUGCGGCUGUUGGGAACCCACAGGACGAAGUUCCUAAAAAUGAUCAGGUCUAUGACUAUAUUGUGUUUCGUGCAGCAGACGUGGUAGACCUUCGGAUUGAUGACCCUUCGCCAAAAAGUGCGCCCUCACAGGAUCCGUCCAGUCAGCCAACAAUGGCACCGGCGGCAUCUUCCAUGGCUGGUGCUCCUGGUCCCGCACAUGCUGAACUGCAAGGCAUGGUGCAUAAUCCAUAUGCUCCCGUGGGGCCGUAUGGUCCAAUGUAUGCGAGCAUGCCUCAGAUGUACGGAAUGAUGCCCGAUGCGUAUCCAUACAGUGGUUACAUGCCCCACAGCUAUGUUGGCGGUCCCAUGUACGCGUCUGGCCAAGAUAUGAACUUUGGCCUACCCCCUCCCCAUAUGCAUGGCAUGCCACUUCAUCAGCCGACCAUGUAUGAUACUUCUACUGACUUGACUCAGCACUCGUCGCUAUAUCCACAGUCCACAAGUGCCUCCGUACCUUCAACUGUCUCUGCGCCCCCUUCAGUGCCGCCGACUUCGAAUACAUCGAAAGAGCCGGGCACUAAUGCGGCCCAAUCCCGAUCCACUAAUGACAAUUCGACUAAGCCCAGUCAGCUUGAUAAGCAGGCUCUUCCAAAUGAGAAGUCCAUCUUGUCUGAGCGCACCUCGACUCCGAGCUUAUCUGCAUCUUCAAAGCCAGAGUCAGGCUCUGCCCCGUCUCUUACAACGACAAGUGCUACUACUACCUCUUCAGCUGCCCAGGAUAACAAAAACCCCAAAGCAUCCGGCAACUUAUCGGACGAUGCUAUAUCCAUUCCUAACAAAUCAGCUGGUGCCUCGGCUCCAUCGCAAGACACAUCUGCUCCCCCUGCAGAAUUUGAUUUCGAAAAAGCAAAUGCACUAUUCCGAAAAGAGUCAGGUUCUGGCUCACUUGGAAGUGACGAAAGUGGGAGAAUGACAUCAAUUCCCCCGGCGUCCAAGAGCUCGUUUUAUGACAAGAAGACGGGCUUUUUCGACAAUAUUAGCAGUGAAAUCAAAGAUCGGCUUCAUGGCAAUGACCGCACAGGUCGCUCUGCUUUGGCUGAAGAAAACGAGCGCAAUAUUCUUACUUUCGGAGAUCAGGCUGCGAAUUUCCGCGGCUCUAAUUACAGAGGCCGGGGUCGUGGUCGCGGUCGUGGUCGCGGUCGCGGCCGUGGCGGCCGUGGUGGGAAGGGCACCGGUGGUGGGCAUGGUCGCAGUGAAAAUCUUCCCGCUUGGGCAUAG